GAAGUCACAUUCUCAGGUAAGCUAAAUACUACUGCAGAACUUAAUCCAAAGAACUCGCGUAUCAACAGAACUCUGAAAUAUUUGUAUACUGGAAUACAAUAAUUUUAUUGAACAGUCAUACAAGAGCACUCGAGCAAGGAGGACAUAUUCUUAAAAUACACGCAAGAUUUUAAGCAGAUAAAAACCAUAAAGUGAAAAUGAUUGCGAGAUACCUCUUAUCGACAUUUCGUCCAACAUCGCAACUUUGCACUAAAGCAGUUUUUGCAAAACACUUCGCUACAACAACUGCACCUCCGAAAUUCAAUUGGCAAGAUCCACUCAAUUUAGAAUCACAGCUCACAGAAGAGGAGAUCGCCAUCCGUGACGCUUUUCGAAGUUAUUGUGAAACAAGUCUACUGCCGCGAAUCACUGCUGCCAAUCGUAAUGAGGUAUUCCAUAAGGAAAUUAUGGAAGAAAUCGGCAGUCUAGGUGCAUUGGGUUGUACAAUAAAUGGUUACGGUUGUGCCGGUGUAUCGAAUGUUGCCUACGGUUUGUUAGCCAGAGAAAUUGAACGGGUGGAUUCGGCUUAUCGCUCUGCUUUGAGCGUGCAGAGUUCCCUGGCUAUGGGAGCGAUAUUCGAUUAUGGUUCUGCAGUUCAGAAAGAAACAUAUCUACCUCGACUGGCUCAAGGCAAAUUGAUUGGAGCAUUUGGUUUAACAGAACCAAACCAUGGUAGUGAUCCAGGCGGCAUGGAAACACGGGCAAAAUAUGACAGCACUAGCAAAGCAUAUGUUCUGAAUGGUUCUAAAACAUGGAUUACGAACUCUCCGAUAGCGGAUGUCCUUAUUGUAUGGGCAAAGUGUGAAGAUGGAAAGGUGCGAGGAUUCAUAGUGGAUCGGGCGCAAUCGGUUAAGGGCUUAUCCACACCAAAAAUAGAAGGGAAAUUUUCUCUACGUGCCUCCACCACCGGAAUGAUAUUAAUGGACGAUUUACAUGUUCCCGAGGCUAAUCUAUUACCAAAUGUUGAGGGCUUCAGAGGACCUUUCGGAUGUUUGAACAACGCACGCUAUGGAAUCGCGUGGGGUGCUCUGGGAGCGGCAGAGGCAUGCUUACAAAUUGCGCGUCAGUACACACUUGAUAGGAAACAAUUCAAACGACCAUUGGCCGCAAAUCAAUUGAUACAAAAGAAGUUUGCUGAUGCACAAACUGAAAUAGCAUUGGGUUUACAAGCAUGCCUUCAAGUAGGACGUCUCAAGGAUCAGAAGUUACAUACCCCUGAAAUGAUUUCACUAAUCAAGCGAAAUAACUCAGGAAAAGCAUUGGAUAUUGCACGUAAUAUGCGUGAUGUUCUUGGUGGUAAUGGUAUAUCAGACGAAUAUCAUGUUAUACGACAUUCCAUGAAUUUGGAAGCGGUGAACACGUAUGAAGGCACACACGACAUUCAUGCGCUCAUUCUUGGGCGAGCUAUUACAGGAAUAUCGGCAUUCGCCAAUUAAAAUUAGUCUAGAACUAAUAUUUCACACUUUUUUACUUUAAACAGCAUUGCUUUUUCUAAAUAGUGUGCAUCACUUUAAAAAAGUCAAUUACAACUAAGAUGAAAACAAAAUUGCUUAAAAAAUAAAAUUAAUUCGAGAUUGUUAUAUUAAUAAAAGUUUUUGAAUUAGAUAAGAUAAUUCAACUUA